AUGCAACUGACUUCUGCAGUACUGGGCUGCCUGUGCGUGUGUGUGUGCUGGCCUCUGGAGGUUCGGGGUCGGAGGUGUGUGUUUGAAGUGUCUAGACCUCGGAACCUGCGGAUGAAGGAGCGUGGCAACGUGAGCGGAUCGGAGCAGCUCUGUGCCAACACACACUGCUGCGUGGCGUACCUGAAGCUGCAGGGAGGACGACAUGUCCAAGACUACCUCGGCUGCAGUUUCAUCGACCUGCCUUGUCCCCUCCCCACCUGCUCCAUGACCAGAAAGCACGACCAGCUGGUCAGGUGUGUGUGCAGCUCAGACCUCUGCAACGCCGUCGACAACAUCACCUGGAGCCCCGAGCAGGAGACAGCUAGUCCCCCCCGCCCCGGCAGCCAAGCGGGUAGUGGAAUGGUGGCUGUCUGCAUUCUGCUGGGUAUAGGAUGCUUGUGUUUCUUAGUCACGCUCUUCACAGCUGUCAAGUGGAGACGCUGCAAAGAUACCCUGUUUCUCUCUCAGCACGGUCACAAGCCAACCAGCCCGAGUCUGGACCUCACCAACAUGGUGGAAAGACCUGAUCUAGACCUCACCAACAUGGAGUUACAUGAGGUGAUAGGGACGGGGCACUUUGCCACAGUGUGGCGUGGUGUCCAGAAGGGGGCGAUGGUGGCAGUGAAGGUGUACCUUGCGGGAAACAAACAAAGCUUUACCACAGAGCGAGAGGUAUACAAGCUGCCCUUCCUGGUGCAUGCUGGGAUAGCGGACUUCCUGGGCGCCGGGAGGCUGGAGGGCGGAGAGAUGGUGCUGGUGCUGGAGCUGGCGGCGUAUGGUUCACUCCAUCUCUUCCUGACCAAGAGCUCCUGUGAUUGGCCGUCUUCCCUCCGCCUGGCUCGGACUCUGGCAGAUGGGCUGGCCUUCCUGCACUCUGAAUUCUCUAGACAUGGCCUCUAUAAACCCGCUGUGGCCCAUAGAGACUUGAGUAGCAGAAACGUUCUGGUGAGAUCCGACAGGACCUGCGCCCUCUCUGACUUCAGCUGCUCCUCCAUCCUGUACACCUCCCAGGGGAGCCCAGGAACCAGGCAGGGGGGCCCAGGAACCAGGCAGGGGGGCCCACGGACAGGGCAGGGCAACAGUGGAACCCUAACCCAGGGCAGCCUGGUAGGCACUCUGAUCUACAUGUCUCCAGAGGUGCUGGAGGGCAGCGUGAACCUUCGGAGCAGCAAGUGGAUGAUUCAGGGAGACGUGUAUGCUCUGGGCCUGCUGCUCUGGGAGAUCUGGACUCGCUGCUCUACCUUCUACACAGGCAGUGCUGUGCCAGAGCAUGCCCUGCCCUAUGAGACCGAGCUGGGGGUCUGUCCCUCACUGGAGCUCCUCUGCCUGCAUGUGGCUGAGAGGAAACAGAGACCUGCGAUACCCACACACUGGGAGCAGGCCUUCCAGGUGUUUACACUUGAGGAGAUUGUGACAGACUGCUGGGAUCACGACGCAGAUGCCAGACUAACGUCUCAGUGUGCCCUGGACAGGCUCCUUGCCCUCCAAGCCUGACACGGCUCCUCACGGCUACUCAAGGAGUUCCUCUUCUACAGGGGCGCCCGCUAGGGACUCUGGGCCUCCUGGAUCAUUCGUACUCUGGGCCCCAAAAUCAAAACCAUACAUUUAAAGAAUGGGGUUCUGCUGGGCCGUUAUUUUUUGUUGGUUCGUCUAGACAUUUUUUACUUCUGCUAUGAAGCACUAGAUUUUUGUGACUUUUUUAUUAAGAUAUUUUUACUUUCUAUAUUUUUCAUUUUGAUCCAACGUCAUGCAUAAUGAAGACAAUAUCUAGGAAAACCGGUACAUUGACCAAGCAGUACAAUUGCUGAGUAAACUUGUUGUUAACAUGACAUGUCACAAAAAUCCACAUCAAGUAAAUCAGAAAUGUGUAGGACAGUGCAGUGUCUGCAAUAAAUGUAUAUUUGAGGUGUGACUCCUUCUAUAUACAGAGACUUCACUGUGUAUUUUUCUGAAAACUUUUUACUUUCACUCCUUAUUUUUUUUACACAAAUAUAUGUACUUUCUACCUCUAACAUUUUCAAGCCAGGCUCGUUUAUUUUAGUUUUAAUCUGUAU